AUGGACGAGCUACUGGGAGAAGCGCUAAAUGCAGAGAAUCAAGCAGGUGAGGGCGUUGUCGAAUCUGAAAAAUUGGUCACGCCCGAAGAUGUCAUGACCAUAUCAUCCUUGGAACAAAGGACUUUGAAUCCUGAUUUGUUUCUUUACAAAGAAUUGGUGAAAGCACACCUGGGUGAAAGAGCUGCCUCUGUAAUCGGGACGCUGGUUGCCCUCGGGAGAUUGAGUGUGCGCGAGUUGGUGGAGAAAAUAGAUGGUAUGGAUGUAGCCAGUGUCAAGACCACACUUGUCUCAUUAACGCAAUUGAGAUGUGUUAAGUACCUACAAGAAACAGCAAUAUCCGGGAAAAAAACCACUUAUUAUUACUAUAACGAGGAAGGGAUACAUAUUUUGCUCUAUUCAGGGUUGAUAAUUGACGAAAUUAUUACUCAAAUGCGUGUUGGCGACGAAGAGGAGCAUAAACAGCUGGUGGCUCAAAUUGUACAAAAUGUUAUAUCAUUAGGAUCUUUGACGGUGGAAGACUACUUGAGCAGUGUCACAUCAGAUUCAAUGAAGUACACCAUUUCAUCACUAUUCGUGCAACUGUGUGAAAUGGGGUAUCUGAUUCAAAUAUCAAAAUUGCAUUAUACACCAAUCGAAGAUCUCUGGCAAUUCCUAUACGACAAACAUUACAAAAAUAUUCCCAGAAACUCCCCAUUGUCCGAUUUGAAGAAAAGAUCCCAAGCUAAGAUGAAUGCAAAAACUGAUUUUGCUAAAAUCAUGAAUAAACCAAAUGAGCUUUCGCAAAUCUUAACAGUUGAUCCAAAGACUUCAUUGAGGAUAGUUAAACCUACAGUCUCUCUGACAAUUAAUUUGGAUAGGUUCAUGAAGGGUAGAAGAUCUAAACAAUUGAUUAAUUUGGCCAAGACAAGAGUUGGCUCUGUGACAGCUCAGGUUUACAAAAUUGCAUUAAGGCUCACAGAGCAAAAGACUCCUAGAAUUAGAGACCCACUAACUCAAACAGGACUUUUACAAGAUUUGGAGGAGGCAAAAUCCUUUCAAGAUGAAUACGAACUCGUUGAGGAAAAGACUCCAGGACUUACUUUUAAUGCUAUUGACUUGGCAAGACACCUUCCUGCAGAAUUGGACUUGCGUGGAAGUUUAUUAACCAGAAAGCCCUCUGAUAAUAAAAAGCGUUCCGGUUCAAACGCGGCUGCACCAUUACCCAAUAAAAAAUUAAAAACCGAAGACGGAUUCGUAAUCCCUGCAUUACCUGCUGCUAUUUCCAAAUCUCUUCAAGAAAGCGGAGAUACACAACAAGAAGACGAAGAAGAGGACGAGCUGGACGCAGACACCGAGGAUCCUCACUCCGCUUCUUUGAUAAACAGUCAUUUAAAAAUCCUAGCAUCAUCAAAUUUUCCCUUCUUGAAUGAAACCAAACCAGGUGUUUAUUAUGUUCCAUAUAGUAAACUAAUGCCGGUAUUAAAGUCAUCAGUUUAUGAGUAUAUCAUUGCAUCAACGUUGGGGCCUUCAGCCAUGCGUUUAAGCCGUUGUAUUCGUGAUAACAAAUUGGUGUCUGAAAAAAUUAUCAAUUCGACUGCGUUAAUGAAGGAAAAAGAUAUAAGAUCUACCUUAGCAUCUCUAAUUAGGUACAAUUCCGUAGAGAUCCAGGAAGUCCCAAGAACCGCCGACAGAUCGGCAUCAAGAGCAGUCUUUUUGUUUAGAUGCAAAGAAACGCAUUCGUAUAAUUUCAUGAGGCAAAACUUGGAAUGGAAUAUGGCAAAUUUACUUUUCAAAAAGGAAAGAUUAAAACAAGAGAACUUCACCUUAUUGAAAAAGGCAAAUAGGGAUGAUGUUAAGGGAAAAGAGAACGAACUUCUAUUACCAAGCGAAUUAAAUCAAUUAAAGAUGGUUAAUGAAAGAGAGCUAAAUGUUUUCGCACGUUUAUCCAGGUUACUAUCACUUUGGGAAGUUUUCCAAAUGGCAUGA